AUGUCGUCGGACGACCCCAAGGUGGUGGCCUAUGAGGUCGAAUCCCUCCGAAAACUCGCAUUCUUCGGGAUUGCGAUCUCAACGGUGGCAACAUUGACGGCCAUCAUCGCUGUACCAAUGUUGUACAAUUACAUGCAACAUGUGCAGUCGUCCCUCCAAACUGAGGUUGAUUUCUGCCGACACCGCACCGACGGGCUCUGGGAUGAGUAUGGCCGAUUCGAACAUCUUAAAGGAGUAAGCGGACGUAUCAAGAGAUCAACACAACACCGUGGAAACGGAGUCACGGGCCGCAUUACGCACCGUCGAGCAGUUGCCCACGGAGCCUCCAGUUACGACGGCGGAUACGGUGGCGGUGGUGGCGGUUAUGGAGGCUACGACAGCGGAGUUGUUGGUGGUGGUGCACAGACCUGCUGCUCAUGUGGAAUUGGUGCAGCUGGACCACCAGGAGCUCCUGGAGCCGAUGGAAACCCAGGACAGGAUGGAGCCCCAGGAAUGGAUGGUGCACCAGGAAACGACGCCGCACCCGAAGCAGUACCUACCCCAGGUGACUUCUGCUUCGACUGCCCACCCGCCCCAGCAGGACCACCCGGAAGACCUGGACCCCCUGGCCCACCUGGAAACCCAGGCGCACCUGGAGCCGAUGGCGGCGCGGCACUGCCUGGCCCACCUGGACCACCUGGACCAAUGGGCCCACCUGGAAUGGAUGGACAACCUGGAGCACCAGGAAUGGCAGGCGCCCCUGGACAGAUCACGGAAGUUCCCGGCACUCCUGGACCUGCCGGACCACCAGGACCACCCGGACCACCCGGACCACCAGGAGCACCUGGAAUGGCUGGAGCCGCUGCUGCUGGACCACCAGGACCACCAGGAGACCCAGGUAUGGACGGACCCCCAGGAAACCCAGGAGCACCUGGACAACCUGGCGCACCCGGAGCUCCUGGAACUGGAGGAAGCUGCGACCACUGCCCACCACCUCGUACCGCUCCCGGAUAUUAA